AUGUCCGAGGAAUCAAACAGAAGCAUAGAGGACCAACAACCUACCGUUUCCGGGGCUGUCGCUUUGUGUUUGGAAGAGUUUAAACUAUGCCUUGAUACUGCCGCAGCUCUGGGGCCAGAGGAGCUUUCCCUGAUUGAAGACCAGCUGGCAAGGUUCUCUGUCUGGACAGCUAAUAUGGCCGUCUUUGUCCCUGGAAGGGCAUCUAUGGACCAUUGUCUCAGGCAGGCACCUGAGGUCCUUGAUAUAGUCAUCGGCGUGUUGGACGCUUUGCGUAGCUGUAUUGAUACAAAUAGACGCACCAUUGAAGCGAUGCUUCGAGAUCUGGCAGAUAAAUCCGAGACUAGUGCUUCCGCGAACAGCCAAGGCCUAACCAAGCCUCUGGCAGCUUUGGCACAAGAAAUAACUCUGCUCUAUCAAUUGUCCAACCCAAUUCGCAAAGCAAGCAAGGAUUCACAGAACCUUAAAGCAGCAGAGGAUCAUCAAAUCAAGGAUGAUGAAGGGAAUGACGUGGGGCCUUUGCUACAACAGAUCUUUGCUAGAUUCAUCGCUGACCGAUUUCCUAAAAUCACCGACGGCCUUGCGGAGCGACUUUCUUCUGCAAUGCUACUUCGACGCAAAAGGAUUCUCUACCGGAGGUCCCACUAUGGAACGAGUCCGAUCCGGGUCAAGAAGGUAGCGCUGAGACCCGAGGUUCCAUUCCCGUCAGUGAUGAAGCUGGAGGGUCAGCCGCUGGAUAAAAUGGAACAUCAAGGGGCUAGCAUCGUUCCCAGCACCAUUCCGGCCCAAAGUGCGACAACAUCAGCGCCGGAAAACUAUGAGAAGGCUUCGACUUCCUCGAUAAUUUCCAUCAGCAACAGUGACUUCGUGGGCACGCUUGAAAACCUCGCGUUCCCUUCCGCGCCAACGGAUUCCAUCAGGAAGGUAUAUGCCAAGUUGAAGGAGCAGCGGAAACGAGAGCACGAAACACGUCUCAUGUCUGUUCCCGGCUACGCCCUCUAUCAGAAGCAUCAAGGGGAGCCUCCUCUGUCCGACUCUGAAAUUUCAGAACUCAAGCGCAAGAUCUCCGAAGCUGAAGAAACGCUGCGGGCCAAUCUGAAGGAGGAUUGGAAGAAGUCUACUGCUGCGGUAGCGGAGUUCAUCUGCCCUUUUUGUCUCCAUGUCUUACCGGGGCUCUACCUGACCGACCAGAGAAAGUGGAAUGAAAGGAAUCUCCAAGUCCUUGUAGACAGGGCUGCCGCCGUGACAGGCCCCACGAUAUUCAAGGAAUGCCCUUUUGGCGAUGUCCACCAUGAUGACACAAGCCUGGAUGAACAUAUUGAGGUGCACCUCAACAGUAUCGCUCUCAAGUCACUGCCCCUUUAUCACGAGGACGGGGGAUAUGGCUCCGACGGAGAGGACAAGGGCACUUUGGGGGCUUCUGGGCAAGGGUCGAGAUCAACAAUACAUGACGAUCCUGAAAUGGGUAGCACGCUGGCUUUUGACAGUCAGGAUGGCUUUCACUCUGAUCCCUGGGAAAACGGCGACAGUGAACUGCAGACUGCAAAGCAUACCUUUUCAGGAGUUGUCAGCCAUUUUCACCCCCUCCACAAGGACUCUAGGACCGCUGGCGAGCGGCUACUGUCAGGACCCCUUGGGUUGAUUGUUGAUGGACGAUCGAGGUGGCACCCCGACCCUUCAUUCCUCCGUCAAGCAAGCAACUAUCAAACUGUAGAGCCAAACACCAGAAGGGACUUCUUGUGGGAAUCAAGAGGAGAUCAGUGGGGGUUUGUCGGCAGACUAGAUUACAAUUCAGAGCUUGACAGAGUUAUCCAGCAAAACCGGCAUCGCCAACUCUGGGAUUCAUUUUCGAGUCAAACAUUCACAACCAAGUCGGUGCUACAAGGUUUCUCAGCCGACCCACCUGCUCGCACUGCUGGCUCCACUGAUGAAGCCACCGCCGAGUACCACUCUCUGCCAAACAAGCAGUCAAUGAGUGCCUCCUUGGGAGGUUCGUCCCCGGCCCCAACAAGAAGUUCUGAUCAUGCCAAACUCUACGAAGAAGAUGACGCAUCCCGCUUUGAUACCAACAGAUCUUUAGGAGACCAGGCAGUAAAGCCCCAUGGUGGCCCUUUUGACUCUGACGAGGACAUCUACGAGAGCUCGCAUCCUUCGCGCAGCAAAGGGAAGCUUAAAGCUAUUGUAGAGGAAGGAGAUGAAGGCGAGAAGCAUAUACACGAGUCCGACGAAACAGACCCACAUGCCUCGCAAGUAUGGGCAGAAGAAAGAGGGUGCGAUAUCCAACUUGAAAACGAAGAUGCAAAGGGCCUCGUAACUACCUCGGCAUUUGGCGAACUGAGUGACCAUGCGACCAACCACUCAACAUACCCGUACAUGGAAGCCGACGCUCUGCAUAAAGCCCCCAAAGGGCCCAGGAUCUCUGCAGCGAGGCAGCCUCGCAUCACAGACGCUCGGUUCCAACGAUAUGAAUCGUCAGACUUCCGUCCCGGGGCGGUAUUCGAGACCUUCUGGGCUGAGCCUAUGGCAGCCCUGUCACAAUAUACAACGGCAUUCCAGGCAGGAAAGUCGGCACAGGUUUCCACACACCGCUUCAUUAUAGUGGGAAACUUAGACAAUCAUUCGUAUUGCGUUCCUAUCGUCACCUACGGCAGGCAAGGGUGUAAGAAGAAGGGCGUGAAGCCCCACAGACACGGUAUAGCGUAUUCAGGCCAAGUGCCGCCGCAAAUGCUUGAAAACGAGCCAGAACUUGGUCAUCAUCCUGCUCGAGUAUAUCUCAAGCCGGAUAUCCCAGAUUUAUUGCCUGAAUCGAGAGUCGAUUACUCGACACUGUGCACAGUUCUUCACAACGUUGAAGUUCUAUUCAUUGGCUUCGUGCUCAUGGAUGACUUCCUAAACGUUGUGCAGCCGGCCACGUACUGUUGUAUGGUCGAGUCGGUUAAUGAGCGCCAAGCUGAGGAUCCAAUGACGGCACAGAAGAAAUAAGUGUGGCAUUUCCCACCCAGAAGGAAUGGCUCGUGGUGAUCUGGCUCGUACAGGCGGCCUAGCGACCAAGGUGCCUUUUGUCGGGUUUUUCUUUUAUCCUAAUCUCCCUCUAAAGGCUUGGGAUGGAACUUGACUUUUG